UACCUAAAAUCGCGACACUUGGUGCUAUCGAGGCUCUGCCAGCUCUAACCAGAACGCAAAGUACAACAAAUUCUGUCCCUCUGAGACGUGAAAAAGUGCAUAAAAUAAAUACUUUUCCAACUAGUUUAAGUGUAAUUUAUAGCAAAACAAAACAUGUCGUUUGCGGAAAAAAUCACGGGGCUGCUGGCGCGUCCAAAUCAACAGGAUCCCGCGGGCGGACCGGAGCAGCCUUGGUAUCUCAAAUAUGGCAGUCGAUUGCUGGGCAUUGUGGCCGCCUUUUUUGCCAUACUCUUUGGGCUCUGGAAUGUGCUCUCAAUUAUCACACUCAGUGUCUCCUGCCUGGUGGCUGGCAUUAUCCAGAUGAUAGCCGGCUUUAUAGUCAUGGUCCUGGAGGCGCCCUGCUGCUUUGUGUGCAUCGAGCAGGUGAACGGCAUUGCGGACAAGGUUGAUGCCAAGCCCAUGUACUUCCGGGCCGGUCUGUACUGCGCCCUGGCCGUGCCGCCAAUCUUCAUGUGCUUCGGACUGGCCAGCUUAUUCGGCAGUGGGCUGAUCUUUGCAACCGGCGCCGUGUACGCCAUGAUGGCGUUAGGCAAGAAAGCAUCCGCCGAGGACAUGCGGGCAGCUGCACAACAAACUGGUUAUGGAGUCAAUGGCACAGCCGCAUCGACCACCAACGAUAGGGCGGGGAUUGUGAACAAUGCCCAGCCCUUCUCCUUCACCGGGGCCGUUGGCACGGACAGCAAUGUGUGAUUGUGCAAGCGGGCAGGAAAGCGGAUGUGCGGGGAGCUGGAGGUGUGCCGUGAGAAAACAAGACUCAAAAGCGCAACAUUUGAGGGGAAAAACUACUACUACAAAAAAAAAAGAGAACAUCAACGGGCAAUUUACAUAAUCGAGUGCAAUUUCCAAUUAAUCGAUGACUAACACACGUCCAAA